AUGGGAUUAGCCAGUUGCAGCUGCGUGCAGAGUGAAGCUGCCGAGCCAAGUAUAGCUGAGCCAAAGGUCACGCCUGUGUACUCCGAACAAAGAUUAUCCUCUGGAUCAAAGGGAAAAGAUGGAAAGGAUGGAAAGGAUGGAAAGGAUGGAAAGGAUGGAAAGGACGACAGCUUCAAAUUACAGCGGGAGAGAUCCAGAUCAAAGAAGUCUCUUGAGGCAAAGCAAAACGAGGGGAAAGAAGGGAAAGGUGUGGGGAAAGGUGUGAAAGAAUCGAAAGAUUCCUCCGAGGGCGUGGUUCCAUGCCCUGAGAGCCAGAGACUCAGUUUCUUAGGCAAGGCAGAAAAAGAUGGCAUGGAGCAGCCCGUGGAACACUUGAAUGAGCCAACUGAGCCAGUCAAACAAAUGGAUCAAGAAGUCCAAGAUGAAUCUCAGAAAGGACCUUCUCCCGCUGCCGCGGCUGCUUUGGUCUCUCCUCCUGUCCCUGAUGAAGAUCCUCCUUUACCUCCUCCAGCUGAUCCUCCACCGCAAGAUGUCAAGAGAGAUGCCAUGAGCAGUAACAAAACUCGUGGAAAAGCGGAUGGCGGGUUGCCGAAAAGACAAACCUGAUGGUCAAGGGUGAAAGGCACAAGUAACAUCUAUUUUUGCAUGGCACAGAGAUAGUUUCCGGAAGUGAUGGAAACGCCUGGACUUGCAGAUGGAUGCUUUCGUAUGCUUUCGUGAGAUUGUAGUGCGACAUGAGCAAGUAAACCGCCCACAUGGGUUGUCUUGGAAGCUCCAGACAAGCAAAGCUGGACUUUCUCAAAGACAGAAGAUUCCAGGAAGCUGUCGAAGAUCAAAACAAAACGCGAGCAAGAACAAAGCGUUUCAAGGUGUUUCAAGACAUGUUUGAAGAUGUUUGAAGCCAAAUAUGAUCAAAUAUGUAUAUGUUGCGAUCUGUGGUGCACGUGCUUUGAGUAUUUCAAAUGCCUUUUUUGCACCUUGCAGUCAAGACUUGUCAGCUGAAUGUGGCCUGGCUAGAGAAGUGCCCAGCCUGGCUGAUUCGGUCGUGAAUCAAUUUGAAUCGCCAGGGACGUGAGGAGCAUCGUGGAGCCAGCAAAGCUGGCGACCUCGAGCACAUUUCAAAUCAUUCGGACAUCUUCGGACAUCGGACAAGAUUGUUCAAUCAUGUUCAAUCCAUUUCGAACUUUUUCGGAUCUAGAUGAUCUAGUUCCAGUAUGUUCCAGUCCAUUUCGAGUCCAUGUCGAGCCCGAUCC